CUGGGACCCCUCCCCACCCUGGGGGCCCUAUUGACCCCCCAGGGGUGCUGCUGGGCCCUCUGAAUUUUGGGGGAGGGCACCCAGACCCCCGGAUUUGGAGGGACCCCAGACCCCUGAGCCCCCACAGCCCCCCAGAGCACCAAACCAGUGCAUGGAGCAGCAAAAAUGGGGAAAAUUCAACCCAAAACUGUCAGAUUUGGGGCCGAAAAUGUCAGAUUUGGGGCCAGAAAUGCAGCGAGGGAUGAAAAACGCAUGGAUUGGACCCAAAACCACUGGAUUUGAGCCCAAAUCACAGGCACCCUUGCCCCCCCAGAGCUGCGUUUUGGGGCCCCCCAUGGAGUUCGUGGCAUUGGGGGGGCCAGAGGGGCCCCCACCGUUCCCCGACGAGGCCGGAGCAUUCCUGGGGCUGGGGGGCCCUGAUGGGCUGGAGCCGGGGGGGCUGCUGGCCCCAUACCCCCCCCCAGGCCGCCUGUCCCUGGUGCCCUGGGCUGAGGGGGGGUCCCUGGGGGGCCCCUCCUGGACCCCUCCCCACUCGGAGCCUCCCCAGUUCCUGGAGCUGCUGCAGCCCCCCCGGAGCCCCCCUCCCACGGGACCCCUCCUGCCGCCCGUGCCCCCGCCCUGCGAGGCACGGGAGUGCGUGAACUGCGGGGCCACAGCGACGCCCCUGUGGCGCCGAGACGGCACCGGGCACUACCUGUGCAAUGCCUGCGGGCUGUACCACCGGCUCAACGGGCACAACCGGCCCCUCAUCCGCCCCAAGAAGCGCCUGCUGGUGAGCAAACGUGCCGGCACCGUGUGCAGCAACUGCCAGACCAGCACCACGACCCUGUGGCGCCGCAGCCCCCGCGGGGACCCCGUCUGCAACGCCUGCGGGCUCUACUACAAACUGCACCGGGUGAACCGGCCGCUGACGAUGCGCAAGGACGGGAUCCAGACCCGCAACCGGAAGGUCUCGGCCAAGGGCAAGAAGCGGCGCCAGGCGGGGGGCGCUGGCCCUGGGGGGGUCCCCGAAACCUCGAUGGGGCCCCCCCUGCCCCCCCCUGCACCCCCCCAGCCCCCCCCUGAGGACCCAGCCGCGCUCUUCGCCCUCGGGCCGCUCGUCCUGUCCGGGCACCUCUUGCCCUUUCCCCCCGCCGGACCCUUCCUGGGGGGCCCUGGCAGCGCCUACGCGGCCCCCCCUGCCCCUGCUGCGGCCCCCCCCGGGCUCAGCCCACAGCUCUAACGGGGCCAUUCCAGUACAGUUUGCUAUCAAAACGGA